GUUUGAUGGCUCAGCUGACAUAAGCUGACGUCAUGUGGGGCCCUCUGAAUGUGAUCGAUGACAUCAUGAUGAUCGAUAUCCGGUAUUCCGAGGGUCAGUGUUCGAUGGAAAUGGACUGGGAUUGAUGAAAACACUCUUUGCCAUCCCCUCCCCAUCUUGCAGUCUGCCUUUUGCGUCGAUUGCUAACCAGUCGCCCCCACAAAGCAGGUCGACUUGCACCGAUUACCCCCUACAUCCCUGGGAGCUGGUAAUCUACUGAAAAUUGACUCUCCACAAUUCGCUGUUCUUUGCCAAUCCCUGAGGCUACAGUUGGCUAUCGAUAAUUUUCCAUUUUAUACAUUAAAAAUAGCAUCCAAUUGCAAUGGACUCCACCCAUCCGAAAAUGCAGACCUCUGGGCACCACUUCCAAGAGAACUACUCGGCCCGUAAUCCAGUUCCAACCAUCGAAAAUUAUGAGAAAAAUAUCAAGAAUCUGGAGGCCAAAAAUCACGAAAACCAGUCUAUCAAAUCAACUUCGAUCAAUACAAUCCAACAUGGCAGUGAAAACAGAUCUCCAAUUGGUGAUUCGGACGGGCCGAAAAAGGAUGUAGACUCGAGUGACCACUCAGAAGCUGAGAAACAGGCCAUUAUGGAGCGCAUGAAAAAUAAAGACGAAAAACCUGCUAAGGAGCUCAAACUGCGUGGCCAAAGAACCGUGAAAGAUCCGGUUACUAACUCUGAUGUCAUAAUUAGUGAUGCGCAAUUUGAUACAAAUCAAGCCUCCCGCAAUCAUGCACUUUCUCCUCCCCAAAAUUCUAACCGAACAGAGCCUAGCUUGCGCAUCUCGCCCUCCCCCAUUGCACCUGGAAACAUAUGUCUCCAACCCUUUCCGCCACCAGUACCCUCGAACCUGUUGGAUGAAAUUAAGAAAUUCAUUAACAAAACGAUCUAUUUUUUCCUUGGCAGCUUAUUGGUGAUGUGGUGGACAACCGCCUUUGGAGCUGGAGUGUCAACAUUUCUCUGGCGAAGUUGCUUAUUUGGGAUCGUUGGGCUAGUUUCCUUCUUCCAAGGCGGUUUGCUCGACCGGCAAAUUGAGAAGGAACUUGAUAAGAUUCGGUUUGAAAUGCAUCGUCAGCGGGGAAUAGAAAACUCUCCACCGACUCCUGAAUCAACUGAAUGGUUGAACGCCUUCAUCUCCACACUGAUGGGUCUUUUGAAUCCCGACAUGUUUUUGCCAUUGGCGGAUACCAUCGAAGACGUGAUGCAAGCCUCAUUACCCAGCUUCAUUGAUGCUGUCAAGGUCUCCGACCUUGGGUUGGGUGACACUCCCUUGCGUAUUCUUUCGAUGCGAGCUUUGCCUGACCAACCGGGAGACCCAGAGUAUCCUCGUGAUAGUUGGAUCACAGGGGACUAUCAUCAAAGUGAAUCCGAAAAGUUUAGGGAGGAACAAAGCGGCGAUUACGUCAAUUACGAAGUUGCGUUUGCAUACCAAGCGCAGCCCGGUCAAACCGACAAACUUCGUGCUCACAACAUCCAUUUAAUGGUUGAGUUUUUCGUUGGAGUUUUCGACUGGGUCCACAUUCCGGUCCCCAUUUGGAUCCAAAUUGAGGGGCUAGCUGGAACUGUCCGCCUGAGACUUCAGAUGAUUCAAGAGCCUCCCUAUAUUCGAAAUCUUACUUUCACGAUGAUGGGAGUCCCCAAAGUAUCAGUUUCUGCCAAACCAAUGGCGCGGUCUAUACCCAAUGUUCUAGACUUGCCGGUGAUAUCCGGGUUUGUCCAGAGUUCAAUUGCUGCCGCUUGCGCAGAAUAUGUUGCCCCCAAAUUCAUGACAAUGAACAUACAAGAGAUGCUUUCCGGCUCUGGUGUGAAGACUAAGACUCACGCUUUGGGUGUCAUCAUGGUCACCAUCCAUCACGCAACGGGCCUCUCCGCACAAGACGCUUCCGGUUAUUCCGAUCCCUACAUCGUACUAGCGUACGCUAAAUUUGGAAAGCCAAUUUAUUCUACUCGUAUCAUUGGCAAAGAGUUAAACCCUGUUUUCGAAGAAACUGCAUUCUUGCUGCUCUCAGAAGAUGAAAUUCAAUCCAAGGAAAAACUCAGUGUCAUGCUGUGGGAUUCUGACGAGAGGUCUGCAGAUGAUUUGGUCGGCCGAAUCGAACUGCCUGUUUCUCAAUUGAUUCAAAAUCCCAACCAGCUCAGUCGGCGUACAGAUAAGCUACAGGGCUUUCAAGACGCGGAUGACAUGCCCGGUCAGCUGACUUGGUCGGUUGGAUACUUCUCGAAAGUCGACCUGGCGUCGUACCUCCAAAAGAAUACGGCAGGGUCCAGCUCAGAACUAUCUAGUCGGCCAACCAGUACGCCAGCAACACCAGAAACUAAAGAUGAUUCUAAAGAUUUGACUACGAAAGUCCCACCCAAUCGACAGAUGAGAUCGGGCAUCGUAUCGGUUAUCAUUCAUCACAUUAACAAUCUGGAACGAGCUAAUCUCAAAGGUGCUAGCGGUGAUCGCGAGGGUGCCCAAGGUCAAGACACAGCAGCACCAAGUGAACAAGAUGAUAAUUUACCCAGCGGCUAUGCCGAAGUGAUUGUUAACGACGAGAUGAUAUAUAAAACCAGGGUGAAACAGUAUACUACCAUGCCAUUCUUCGAGGCUGGCACCGAACACUUUAUUCGAGACUGGACCGAAACCGUCAUCAGAAUAGCAGUCCGAGAUUCGAGGAUUCGUGAAAAGGACCCGUUAUUGGGGGUGAUCAAUAUUGACCUCGAGCAGUUAUUUGAGGAUUCUUCUUGCUCACAGGUUACUCGCAUAUUCUCGCUUCAGGAAGGAGUCGGAUUUGGUCGAGCGCAAGUCUCGGUUUUAUUCGAAUCAGUCCAGUUGCAACUUCCAAAAAAUCUCUUGGGAUGGAACACUGCGACGCUGGAGAUUACUUCUCCAAUCAGAGCCGAGUUAUCAGAUGAACUGAGCGCCUACUUGAAAAAAAAGGGGCAGAAGCUCAAAUUGAAAACAGUCGAAGACAUCAUUAAGCUUCCUCUGGUCAGCCAUCAAGAAAUCCCCAAUACUGUCGUGUGGGCCAAUGACUCACAGAUCCCCGAUCAUGAUCACACUCUUCUGAGAGUCCCCAUCUACGCGAGAUACAAGUCAAAUAUCACUUUCCAAAUAGGCGGGGACUCUGUGAUCAGCUCUCUUCUUCCAGGAGAAUCAAGCGCGCACAAGCACAUAGCUGUCCUGUGGCUACAUACCCUUGAAGACGAUGUCGAGCAGCAGAUCCGCCUCCCUAUCGUAUCCGGACCCAAUCUGACCACCCUCAGGCAGAAUUUCAUCAAUGACCAAACACGCGCGCAUCACAACUACGAAGUGAAUGGUUAUCUGACCUUCAGAGCGCGCGUCGAUCCUGGGUUGGAUCCCGAGCACGCCAGAUAUGCUCAAAGCUCAGUGGCUAGACAUACGUUCGAGGCGUACGAUAACAGCGAGGGCCAAGCUGAACAGGCUUUGAGAAAUGCACAUGCGUUGGCUCAUAAGAAAAAUCCAAGCGGUAGCUCCGACAGCGCGGCCAGUACCAACAGCGAAGGACAUGCAGGAACAUUCAGGCUAUCGAGUAUCAUCUCCAGCAAGAGUCCCGAGGAAAAGGCAAUUGAAGCCGCUCACAAGAAAUCGCUCUCCUCACGACAUCGCGGUGCGAUGCAGUACGGACCGGUCCGAACUAGUAUUUGGAUGAAAGAGGGAAUCGGAAGGCGUGCGAGGGAACUCAAAAACCGAAUCACAAAUAAGAUUGAGAAAGAGCCGCAAGUUGCAACUGAAGGAAGGGCUUAGCAAAAAGAGAUGCUCAUGCCUGGACCGGUACGAUUCUACGUUUACUUUUAGUGAACAAGGGGCUCUCGUAGCGCACGAUGUGUUGUAUAACAGUUUGUUCGAUUAUUCUAUGAUAGCAGAUAUUGUUCCCUUUCGUGUUUUCAAUUUAACCGUUUCUGAAUAAAAGCGAUUGCAAGUCUUUCGCAGCAUCAAAUUUAAAAAGUUAAUUAAUUAAAGAGUCAAUCCUAUUUAAUGGUACAGCAAGACAUGUCGGCUCUGGGAAAGGGGUGUUCCCAUUUAUCACUUCCAGACAAACAUCAUGAGUACAAAGAUUUUGGUCUAUCCUGGAUUUUAAAAUACAUAGCUAGCUAGAUUUUACCGGCCUCCAUCAGCAAAAGGCACUGGCGGCCUGCAGGUUUGCUCAGCCAUUUGACAUUUCAGACUCUCAGUGUUGUAUUCACACGGUAAAGUACUUGUUACAACUAGCCGGGUA